UGGCAGGCGCGCCGGUGAACUUGUUGGAUACGCACUUGAGAACGCAUGAGCGUAGGGGUAUUUUAAGACCCCCAGUUUGUGCGACCUGUUCUAGAGAGGAACCUUUGAUGCACACAGUUGAAACUGCCUUGAAGAUUACAUAUGGAUAUACAUUUUAACGGAUUACAAUUUUGGUAGGUUCUGAACUCUGGUAACGACUUGGAUGGUCUUCUAUGUAAUAAAGCAGCGGAAUUUUCGUAAAGCUUUUUAAGACUCGUGACUGUUUUAAGCUGUUGGGAGUUUUUCCAACCUGAUGAUCUUAUCGUUAUCAUUGCUGCGUUUAGGUGGUUGUGCACUGAACACCUCUAUGGACCAAGAGGAAGUGGAAAAGGGCUCUCCAGUCAAAGUGAGGACAUUAAAACGUUAAUUGGCAGAAACGUGAGGACUCAAAUCUUCUUGAGUUAGCUUUAACGUUGCUCUCUCAGAGUCAGUGAUUUGAAGAAGUAAAACGAUUGAAGAGUCGUUUUAGUACUUUUGGGUAAACUUCAAAAUCAUUAGUUAAGAGCCACGAAAGUUACGGAGAAACUCGAACUCGGAUCUCCGUCAUGGUUGGGAAAUUGCAAACAGAGGGUCCUACUCCUACAUUUGCAGUGAAGUUUUUGGGGGCUGGAGCAGCGGGCUGUAUCGCUGACCUGGUAACUUACCCUCUGGACACAGCCAAAGUGCGACUACAGAUCCAGGGAGAGUCCAGAUCCAGCGAUGCGAAAAAGGGACAUAAGUACAGGGGUGUGUUUGGCACACUUGCUACCAUGGCCAAGACGGAGGGACCAAGGAGCAUGUACAAUGGCCUGGUGGCUGGCCUGCAGAGGCAAAUGAGCUUCGCCUCGGUGAGCAUCGGACUCUACGACUGGAUGAAGCAGUUCUACAACGGCGGGUCUGACCAUGUCACCAUCUCUACCAGGCUUCUGGCUGGAUGCACCACUGGAGCCCUGGCCGUGGCGUUUGCCCAGCCUACAGAUGUGGUCAAAGUGAGAUUUCAGGCUCAAGUCAGAGGUGCUGACGGCUCCAAGAGGUACAAUGGCACCAUGGAUGCCUACAAGACCAUUGCAAGAGAUGAAGGAGUCAAGGGACUCUGGAAAGGUUGCAUGCCAAAUAUUGCGCGCAACUGUAUAGUGAACUGUGCAGAGUUGGUGACCUAUGACAUCAUCAAGGAACUCAUUCUGAAGUAUGACAUAAUGUCUGAUAACUUGCCGUGCCACUUCACUGCUGGCUUUGCGGCUGGUUUUUGCACCACUGUGGUGGCCUCCCCAGUGGACGUAGUGAAGACCAGGUUCAUGAACUCCGCCAAUGGGCAGUAUAGAGGGACUCUGAACUGUGCCUUCAUCAUGCUGAAGAAGGAGGGACCCACUGCCUUCUACAAGGGGUUCGUACCAGCUUUCCUGCGUCUGGGUUCAUGGAAUAUUGUAAUGUUUGUCUCUUAUGAACAAAUCAAGAGGAUUGUGACAAGAACCCAGCAGUCUUGGGAGUCCCCAUUCUGACCUAACUAAACUGGGGGGAUGUGUUCAGUCCUUUCCCAAUCACAUGUUCCUCUGUGUGAGGUCAUGGCACUGGUCAAGUCACUGACUGACUUCUGGCAUUGGGGGCCAAGCAUGAGGCCAUUGUAUCUGUGGACAGUGUAAUAUCAGAGAGGGUUAAAGCGGAGCUAGUAAUCAAGGAUCUUUGGUAAUAUGGAUCCAAAUUAUACUAGAAUCAUACCUCCAUUUGUCAAGUCUUAAUGAUGUGGUCUCUUUUGAAGAAAUGCUAAAUGACCACAUUCCCUGUAAUUGCACUGUUAUUAUACUAUUAAUUUAAUUUUUAUUCAUUUUAAUUCAUAU